GACAGGGGAAGUGACUGAAGAACUCAAAGAAUUAUAUGUAACUUUAUUUCUCUGCAAUCCAAUUCCUGCAAUAUGGUUGCUCCAAGGAUGUUCAUAUCUAUACAGAAACAAGGAACAGCAGAUGCGGGUUUACACAAAAGCACACAAGGUGCUGGAGUAACUCAGCGGGUGGGGCAGCAUCUAUGGAGAACGUGGAUGGGUGACAUUUCAGGACCCUCUUCAGACUGGUUCGGGAGGAGGGUAUGGGGAAGAAAGCUGGGAGAGAGAAGCAGGACAAAUGAGGCACAGGCCAGGAGGGGUUAUCUUGGAGGUCAAGACCAUUAGGAAGGAUUCCCCACCCCCCGCGAACUAUUUCAGUAUCCUUGUAAUUUCAUAAGACACCAGUUUGCUUUAACGAGCCAUUGAAAUGCGCAGUAGCGCAACUGGUCGAGUCCAGGUAACCCGGGUUCGAUCCCAGCCCCGGUGCCACGUGGAUAAAUUAAUCUGGCGAAUACAACUAUGUCAAUUCAAAUGAGUGCAUCGAUGGGUGUUUCCGUAUUCUAAUGACAUCUUCAAAUGAAAGGUCGUGCCUUAGAAUCUGCUUCGCACUUUAUACAGGUGGAUUGUCAUUGACAGGUGCAUUGUGCAGGCGCAAAUCAGCAUCUGAAAUGAAAAUUUGCAGUUUUUAACAACAGUUUUCAGUGUGCCUUAAAGUACAGUUUCCUGAGAGCAAGGGUUAAAGUACAAAACAAAUGUCCCAGUUGCCCUCAGUGCUGGAGAAACAAUAUUUGUCCUUGGCAGCCAGAUUUAUGCGGUCCGUUUCAGGAAAUUGGCUUCAAUAAUUUGCUUUGUAAAUUGCAAGUUCCUUUUGGAGGAGUUGCGUUCGGGAUAGUUUAAGUUUGCAGCAGAGCUGACAACGACUCCCGGCUCUGCCCCACGCAUCCGACUACAAUAGCAUUCGGCUAGUUUUAUCCAUCCAGUCGGGACGUCGGUUUCACGGUGUGUGUGUGUGUGUGUGAUCUCUCUCAACCCCUGCACCUCCGCAGGGCUGUGGAACCCGAGCUGUAUUCGCCUGAUCGCUUCUGUUUCCCUGUGUCAGUGUGGAAGUAUUUCAGCGGGAGCUGCCAACGUGCAAAGUUACACAUUCCGGGGAUUCCCUGCAAGAACUCAAAGCCAGGAUCACAGAUAACCUACAGUAUAAAUCCUGCAGGCUUCAAAACACUAACGACAGUCGGAUUAUUGCAGAAAGAUAUCUUGGCCUAGGCACACACGUCGGGAGCAGAAAGUGGACGAUGUCCAGGAAAAAAGAGGCAUCAAACGGCGGGCGGUUUGAUGGAGGAAUGGAUCUCAAUGCUGCCCGGGACCUCAGAGCAGAUCCCUAUGAACAGAACAGCCUCCAAGAGACUCUGGAAAAGGCUCGUGAAAUCUUCCAGCUUUGCGACAAAGAAGAGAAAGGCUUCAUCACCAAGAGGGAUAUGCAGAGGUUGCGGAGUGAGUCUGAUUUACCCCUGACUCCAGAGCAAUUGGAAGACGUCUUUGAUAGCUUGGACCAAGACAAUAAUGGCUAUUUAACACCAGUAGAAUUCAGCAUGGGUCUCGGUCAAUUCACUGGCAUCAAGGUAGUGCCAACUGCUGAAAACCUAGAAAACUCGAAGCAUGAUGAAACGUUUGAAUCGGGCUGGUCAGAAGAGCUUGAUAUGGUCACGGAUCAGGAAGAGAAGCGAUUUUGUUUCAUGAUGCAACAGCUGGGAGCUUCGCAGAUCUUUGAGGAUCAAAGUGAGGUGAGGGAGUUGUGGGCCAGGCUCCAGAGAGGGAAGCCGGAACUGCUGGUGAACUUUGAACACUUUUUAGUCAAAGUUUCAUCACACAUCCAGGAGAUGCAUCAGGAGAAGGAAACCAUAGAGCAAGCACUGAAACGGAAGGAAUGUGAGCAUGACAGAGAGGUACGCUGUCUUUAUGAUGAAAUGGAGCAACAGAUCAAGAAGGAGAAAAACAAGUUAUUGAAUGAGGAUGUGUGGAGGCACAGUGAACGGAACCAUCAGCUAGAAAGGGAACUGAAGAGCAAGGAGCAGGACUUAGAAAGCAUCAUUCUACAACAAAAGAAGCUGGAACAACAGUUUGAAGAGUUUAACAGUGAGCAGACAGAUGUCAGGGUCCAGAACGAGAGACUGAGACGUGUGAAUGAUGAGCUGCAGGACCAGCUGGAGAGGACGAGGCAGGACCUGGAGGCCACACGGUGUAACUUCCAGAAUCUUCAAGAAGAGACACGAAGUGUGCAUCAGAAGAAAGCCAGGGAUGUUCUGAAGGUGUCCAAGAAUAUGCAAAAGGAACGAGAAAGUCUGUUAAGACAGCUAGAGCUGCUCAGGGACAUGAACAGGAAGCUUCGAGAUGAGAAGGAUGCCCAUGAAGCCAAGAAGCUGAGAUCUCCCAGCAAAAAAACACUGUUGAAGAGAGGUUCAGUGAUAGGCAAUUACCUGGUGGAAGACAAACCAGUCAAACGGCUGUGCAGUCCCACGUCUGUAGAGGACGAUGGGCUGCCAGAUGAGGAUGCAGACUGUGGGGUGGCUGGACUACCCGCACUGUCCUCCGGAGAGGAAGAUGAAGUCCCACUCUCACCCAGAGGCCAGCCAAUUGGCACUGAAACAAUGGAGUCUGAGCCAGUGAGUUCUUCCCCUGAUAGGAUGUUCAAAGUGGUAUUUAUUGGAAACUCCGGGGUUGGGAAGAGCUCGUUCAUUCACCGUUUCUGCUACGAUCGAUUUAUCCCUGAAACUAGUGCCACAAUUGGCAUUGAUUUCCAAGUGAAGAGUUUGGUUGUGGACAAUAACCGAGUGGCCCUCCAGCUCUGGGACACCGCUGGCCAGGAAAGAUUUCGGAGCAUAUCCAAGCAAUACUUCCGCAAAGCCGAUGGUGUGCUGGUGAUGUACGAUGUUACAUCUGAGGUCUCCUUCACAGCCGUAAGGAACUGGAUAGACAAUGUCCAGGAAGGAAUUGAUGAAAGGGCAGUAAUUUGUCUACUUGGCAACAAAACAGAUGUUCUGAACUCUGAAACGCAAGGGGUGUCAAAAGUAGAAAGUGAAAGGCUAGCAAAGGAGUACAAUGCAAUUUUCUAUGAAUGCAGCGCCAGAUCAGGAUACAACAUAAUGGAACCACUGAUGCAUGUGGCAAGAUUAUUAAGCGAACAGGAAGACAAACAGAGAGAGGAUGCCUUGCGCCUUGAAGAUGAUGUCUGUGACAAAAAAAAAGGCUGCUGUAAAUGAAAACGAUCAAAGAACAACCACCACUGCCAGAGAAAUCAGAUGCUUGAAUGCAUUUAUGGCCUUGCUGGACAUUUCUGAGCGAUAAGAUUUGCUCUGUGCUUCACCACAUUUGCCUUGGAAACCCCUUUUCCCCCAAGCCCUUGAGUUUGGUAUUAGUUUGAGCAUCUACAACACGGAUUAAACCCUGACACAGGUGAUGGAGUUUUGUGUAAGCACGAUAAUUUUAGAAUAAAUGUGACUGUAUGGACAGAAGCUGUAGCACCUUUAACAAACUGUGACAAAAUGCCUUGCCCAUUCUUGUAGCUGUUGUUUUAUGUGGCAUUUGUUCAUUAAUUUACUUUACUUUAGACUUUAGAGAAACAGCGUAGAAACAGGCCGUUCGGCCCACCAAGCCAACGCCGACCAAUGAUCACCCCCAUACAUCAGCACUAUCCUACACACUAGGGAUAAUUUACAAUUUACAGAAGCCAAUUAACCUACAAACCUGUGCGUCCUUGGAGUGUGGAAGGAAACCGGAGAAAACCCACGUGAUCAUCGGGAGAACGUACAAACUCCGUACGGAGCAUCGGUAGCCAGGAUUGAACCCGGGUCUCAGGCGCUUUAGGGCUGCAAGUCUACUGCUGCUUCAUUGUGCUGCCAAUUUGUGACACUUUGUGUGGUGCAGAGCAGAUGCAAUCUUGAAGCACACACUAAUUGCGGAUGCCAAGCACCCUAUGGAUAGGUUUGCUGAAGCAUCAGUUUGCUACACGAAUAUUUAUCCAGACUCAAAAUAUCUGCAUAGAGUUACUUCCUAUAGGCCAAGUAGAAAAUAUAUUAGCAGAACAAUUUUUUAUGACAAAAUCCAUAUAAUGUGAACAAAAUGAAAAAUUAUUUCUAUGAAAUUACUUGUUUAUAUCAAGCUCAUCUUAAAGCCUUGAAGACCAGAAAACUGUAGAAAAUAACAGAUUGGUAUCAAAUUCUGCUGUAUAUUUCCCACAGGUUUAUGGUUAAGAUUGAGCAUGGGGGCUCUGUUCAAAUUAUUUUGAAAUUGAAUUUAUGUUGUACUUUACCUGAAAAAUAGUUAUUAUUGUUUAAAAUAUGCUGUGCCAAAGGUAAAUUAAAUGUGUGUGAGUGGGCAGGGGGAUUGGAGGAAAUGGGUAUGUCCUAAGUAAUCAAUCUAUUCCGUUGAAAUAUUCCUGAAUUUCCUUUAAGGUUUCACAAAUAAGCAUUUCAAAGCAACCAAAAUUAAAAGAGUAAUACUGUUUAUAAAUAUUUUGUUACAAAGACUGAAUAAUUUUCAAAAUGUCCUUUAUUGUUUCUUGAUUCUGACCCUAUGGUGCACAACUAUAUGACUCUAUGGAAAGACACAAAAUGAUGCAGUAACUCAGCAAGUCAGGCAGGAUCUCUGGAGAAUUUGUUUAAGAAGGAACUGCAGAUGCUGGAAAAUCGAAGACAGACAAAAGUGCUGGAGAAACUCAACGGGUGCAGUAGCAUCUAUGGAGCGAAGGAAAUAGGCAACGUUUCGGGCCGAAACUCUUCUUCUGAUCUCUGGAGAAUAUGGAUAGGUAAUGUUUUGUGGCGGGACUCGUCUCCCAACCCAAAACAUCAACUAUUGAAGUUCUCCAGUGAUGCUGCCUGACCUGCUGAAUCCAUGCAGUUUAUUGUUUCUACUCUAUGACUAUUGCUUUCUACUUGGAAGGCUAUUGACCCAAGUCUAUUUCCGCUACCUUCAUGCUAACAUGUCGAAAUUAAUUCAGGAUUUUACCAUGGUAAAAUUAUAAGCAGGUAUUGAUUCAGCAACACAAAAUGUUACAUAAGACUACAAAACGCACAGGAUGUUUGAAAUCUUAAACGAAAAAAGAUCAUGUUGGAAAUAUUCAGUAAAUCAGGCAACAUUUUACAGAGAAAGCGUUAAUGUUGUGCAUUUAAGGACAAUUUAUCAGAGGUUAAUUCUAAAGUGUGUUUUGCUCAAGUCAAGUCAAGUUUAUUCGUCACAUACACAUACAAGAUGUGCAGUGAAAUGAAAAGUUGCAAUGCUCGUGGACUUUGUGCAAAAAGACAAACAAACAAACAACCAAACAAACUACAAACAGAAUGUAACAGAAUCACAUAUUCUUUUUCAUAUUAAAUAUUGCGGGCGGAAGGAAAAA